AUGUCCUCUCCGACACCAGCCCCCGCGAGCACGAGCAGCGGCUCCUCCCAAGCUGCCACCGUAACAAAACACAAAGAUGCUACCAGCAGCAGCGGCAACAGCAACGAUGCGCCCAAUCCUCCGAUCCGCGUGCUGGCGAACCCUCAAGCCGCGACGGCCAGUCAGAUACACCCAGCAGUCCUGCUCGGUCUGUUCGCCCUGCGGUUCCGGGCCCUAGUCGCGGACCCGGUGUCCGCCAUGUCCGGUUCGCUCCCUGUCGUCGCGGCGAUCCAGAUUGCCUAUGCGGUCAUGUGCCUCCCGCCUGCCGGAUCUUCGGCGGCGGCGCGGCAAUCGCGCAAGCUCAGGUCGGGAGAGAAGAAGAAGGUCUCUGCUGCCUCCUCGGAGGGGGCUGAGCCUAAUGUUGCGGUGACCGUGGUCGUGGCCCUCGUAAUCUCCACAGCCGCCGCCUUCGCCUUGCACGCGCUCCUGAUCCUCUUCGGCGCUCCCUUCCUCGCCCUCGUCCCGCACACGCUCCUCUGCGCCUCCCACAUCUCCCUGCUCGGCUUCUUCCCGCUCCUCUACACCAGCGGCGUCUCGGGCCCCGCCUGGCUCGAGAUCCUGAGCGCCCGGGCCGGCCUCGACGAGGUCUUUGGCGGCCUGGUCGGCGUCACGGCGGGCGCCUGGCUCGGCGCCGUGCCCAUCCCGCUUGACUGGGACCGCGAGUGGCAGAAGUGGCCCGUCACGAUCCUGGCGGGCGUGUAUGUGGGCUAUGCGCUGGGUAAGCUCGUCGGCGGCACCGUGGCGUUUGGCAAGAGGUUUGGAUGA